CCUUGAUUUCUCUUAUCCUUCCAUUUCCUAUAUAUAUCUUCUUCUAUGUCUCCACAUUUAUUUUUGAUUGAGACUUAACAUUUCAUCUCCCUUUUAAGCUGAUUAGCCAACUCUAUCACAAAUAACAAAAUAUACCCACCAUUGCUUUGCUAGCAUAUAUUCUUCGAGGCUGGUAACAUGGGUGAGUAGUGGAGAUUUUUUGUGCCAAGAUUUUUUAGCUUGUAGGAGUUGGGAAAACAUUUGAUAGUAUCACCUUAAACUUAUGCUGUCUCAAAAACACAUCUUUUGCAUGGACAUGAGUGUGUUAGAAAGACAGCAAGCGAGGUUCGAAGGGCUGCUGCUGCUGCAGCAGGAGAACAACUAUGUAAACCAAUACAAUUCCAUUGAAUCGUGUUCAAUGCCUACUGAUAUGUUUCAUGGCUUCUUUGAUCAUGAGUCAAUGAAUGGAGAUAGGAUUGAUUGGAAGGAGCAGCCUGAAAUCUAUUUGGGGAACAAUGAUUUGCCAAAAUAUGGUGGUUUUUCAUUGAAUGGCACAGAGUUCGUAGCUAAUAAUAAGAUGGAUUUUGGAGAAGCAGAGGUAAUGGCACGGUCUCUCGAGAUUGAUCAUUGUCUUUCAAGGACUUCUAGUUGCCAAAUUGGGGUGGUGGAGGCUGCAAAAAUAGAGGAGGUGGUAGCAGUAAAUGUGGCAUGUGAAGAUGUGACCUUGAUGGAGAAUAAGCAAUCCAACCAUGGUAGGAGAGACAAUUCAAAUAAGAGGAAAGCAGAGUUUAUUGCAGCAGAAGAGAGUGACGAUAAGAUUAAAUUAGUAGAAGAUGAGCCCAAGGUUAAAGAGAAAGGCAGUCCAGAAAUUUCAGCAGAUUGUUCGAUGGAAAAUCAGAAGACUUCAGCCUUACCUCAGACAGACUACAUUCAUGUGCGGGCACGUCGCGGCCAGGCUACUGACAGUCACAGCUUAGCAGAAAGAGCCAGGAGGGCAAAGAUCAGUAAGAAAAUGAAAUGUCUGCAAGAUCUAGUCCCUGGAUGCAACAAGAUAACAGGCAGGGCCGGAAUGCUUGACGAAAUCAUCAAUUAUGUCCAAUCUCUUCAAAGACAAGUAGAGUUCAUAUCCAUGAAACUUGCUGAUAUAAAUCGAAGACCAGAUACCGACAACGUUUCCCGGAAAGAGUCACCUGCAUACAUCGCAAGUUUUCCAGCAACCACUAUGUCAUCAACAAUUGCCAAUUUGCCCCACCUUCAACUGAAUCUAGUGCAACAACAGGCAACAAGCAGUAGACCGAAAGCUUCGACAGAUACUUUUCAACUUGUGCCUGAAAAAGCUAUAAGCUCCUCAGCAUUGAUCAAUGACCUAUGCCUAGAUCAUUCACUAUAUCAAGUCCAACCUUUUUGGGAUGCUGACUCACAAAACCUUCAAAAUUUGGGAUUCCAUUAAAGCAGAUCAACUUUUCUUUUCUUCAUCGAUAACUGAAGGCAAUUAGUAUCCUCCGAGGAAUCUACCAGUCUCAGAUCAGAGACAUAAUUUAGGGAACUAAUCACCAUCCCAAGAAUCCACUUUCAAUAAUUCAGCAAUUCUAAUAAUUUCGAGCACUGUAAAUAUUUGCUUCCACAUGCAUAGAUGGAUGUUGCAAAAGCCAUCAUUAAUUCUUACCAAUCAAACAAUCAAAUUUCUUGCAUUGCAAGAAUAAAGAUAUCCUUUAUGUCUGUACCUACGCACUUGGUGAUGUCUGCAGAUAUGCUUUUUGUGCCUUUGAAUGUCGAGAGAAAAAUAGGACCCCAUGAUUGGUACUAAAAGAAAGGCUGAUAGGAAUUGAAAAUGAUAGAGGACCCCAUGGUUGGAUACUUGAAGAAAAGUAGGGGCAAGGAAAGGUGAAAGAAAAGGGAAGGAGCUUGUUGUUGGAUUGGAUGAGCUAGCCUGCUUAGCAGAAGAAAGCAAAAGGAAGCCAUUUGAUUAUAGGACCACAAACCACUGGCUUGAGAUGUGUCUGUAAGUAGCUGAGAUUCUUGAUGACCAUUUGGUAGAUGCUGUUAUAAUAACGUCUUCUUUUGUGGCAAAA